AUGGCCGGCCCUAGCAAGUCCCUGGUCCUUGACCCGGCCUUCCAGAAAUACUACGAACUCAACGCAAACCGCUACAAGUACUUCCGCUGGACCCCGCGCCAUGCCUGGUUAUCGUUCAUCUACAUGAUUGCGAUCCCCGGUACAUUGGGCUACAUUGCCUACAAGACAGAUGGCAAAUACGAAUUCCGCGGGAAGCGACGAGGCGAUCCCAUUCUCGAAUACUAG